AUGACCGAACGCAAAGUCCUAAAUAAAUAUUUUCCUCCAGACUAUGAUCCUUCAAAAAUACCUCGUCUUAGAAGAGGCGACCGACGUAAACAGUUUAAUAUUAGAACAAUGGCUCCAUUUAACAUGAGGUGCAAUACGUGCAAUGGUUAUAUAUACAAAGCUAAAAAAUUCAAUUCGCGAAUGGAAACUGCAGAAAAUGUAGAUUACUUGGGCCUAAGACACUAUCGGUUUUACAUACGAUGUCCUUUGUGUUGUGCUGAGAUUAUCUGGCGUACUGAUUUAGAAAGCGGGGAUUACGUCCUAGAAAGUGGGGCUAAAAGAAACUUCGAAGCAUUAAAAACGGCUGAAGAACUGGAAGCUAAACGUCAAGCUGAAGAGGAAGAGGAACUUGCUAACAACCCAAUGAAAUUAUUGGAAAAGAGAACUGAUCAAAGCAAACAAGAGAUGGAAAUGGUCGAAGUAAUCGAAGACUUGAAACAGUUAAAUCAACGUCAAGCCACCAUGGAAGCAGAUCAUGUUCUUUUGAGGCAAAUGUGGCGAGAAGAAGAAGCUGUCAAGGAGGCUGAAAAAGAAGCAGACGAUGCACUAAUAAAGGAAUUACUUGCUUCAAAAUCCGAGAAAGUCCACUCAUUACCAUUGGAGUUUGGAGGUGAAAAUUCCUCUAAGCCGAUCAGAAUACCAGCUUUGAAAGAUCUUAUGAAAGUCAAUAGAAAGGAACCAGUAGAAAUUGGGAAAUCCUAUCUAAAGCGACAACUUCAAGGUGUUUUACGGGUGCAAAAGAGGUCAGUAUCAGAAACUAAAAUUCCAAAGCUUGAUGGUGAUUCAAAUUCCUCAAUGAAUAAUUCGUUAACAAAUGAUAAAUCAAAAGAUAGUAAUGCUAAUCAACAGGUAUCAUGUACCAGUAAUGAUAAUACUCAGCCGUGUCAACCAUUACCUGGAAUGGUUUAUUCAGACCAUAGUGAUAGUGAUUGAGACAGGAAAAGGAUAACUGUAAAUA